GAGGCGACAGCGUCGGCAGGGGCAGCCCGGAUAGCCCGAGCCCCGCGGCCUUCGCUCGGCGUCAUGAGCGGCGGCGGGCCUUCGGGUGGUGGCCCUGGGGGCUCGAGCCGGGCGCGGACCAGCUCGUUCGCGGAACCUGGAGGCGGAGGCGGAGGAGGCGGCGGCGGCCCCGGGGGCUCGGCCUCUGGCCCUGUAGGCACCGGCGGCGGGAAGGCGUCCGUCGGGGCCAUGGGUGGGGGCGUGGGUGCCUCGAGCUCCGGGGGCGGCCCCACCGGCAGCGGUGGUGGUGGAAGCAGCAGCGGCCCCGGUUCGAGCACCAGCUUCCCGCCGCCCGGAGUGAAGCUGGGCCGUGACAGUGGGAAAGUGACCACAGUGGUGGCGACCGUAGGCCAAGGCCCAGAGCGGGCCCAGGAGGUGGCCUACACAGACAUCAAGGUGAUCGGCAACGGCUCAUUUGGGGUUGUGUACCAGGCACGGCUGGCUGAGACGAGGGAACUGGUGGCCAUCAAGAAGGUUCUGCAGGACAAGAGGUUCAAGAACCGAGAGCUGCAGAUCAUGCGCAAGCUGGACCACUGCAAUAUCGUGCGGCUGCGGUACUUCUUUUACUCGAGCGGGGAGAAGAAGGAUGAGCUCUACUUAAACCUGGUGCUGGAAUACGUGCCUGAGACUGUGUACCGAGUGGCCCGCCACUUCACCAAGGCCAAGUUGACCAUCCCUACCAUCUAUGUCAAGGUGUACAUGUACCAGCUUUUCCGGAGCUUGGCCUACAUCCACUCCCAGGGCGUGUGUCACCGGGACAUCAAGCCCCAGAACCUCCUGGUGGACCCCGACACUGCCGUCCUCAAGCUCUGUGAUUUUGGCAGUGCAAAGCAGUUGGUCCGGGGGGAGCCCAACGUCUCCUAUAUCUGUUCUCGGUACUACCGCGCCCCGGAGCUCAUCUUUGGAGCCACUGACUACACCUCAUCUAUUGAUGUGUGGUCUGCUGGCUGCGUACUGGCUGAGCUGCUCCUCGGCCAGCCCAUCUUCCCCGGGGACAGCGGGGUGGACCAGUUGGUGGAGAUCAUCAAGGUAUUAGGAACACCCACCCGGGAGCAAAUCCGAGAGAUGAACCCCAACUACACAGAGUUCAAGUUUCCCCAGAUCAAAGCUCACCCCUGGACAAAGGUGUUCAAGUCGCGGACGCCGCCGGAAGCCGUGGCGCUGUGCUCGAGCCUGCUGGAGUACACGCCGUCCUCCCGGCUGUCCCCGCUGGAGGCGUGCGCGCACAGCUUCUUCGACGAGCUGCGCUGCCCCGGAACCCAGCUCCCCAACAACCGCCCCCUGCCCCCGCUCUUCAACUUCAGUCCUGGCGAACUCUCCAUCCAACCGUCUCUCAAUGCCGUUCUCAUCCCUCCUCACUUGAGGUCCCCUGCGGGCACUGCUCCCCUCACCCCGUCCUCACCAGCUUUAUCUGAGGCUCAGACUGGCUCAGACUGGCAGACGUCCGAUGUCACAGCUACCCUCAGUAACUCGUCCUGAGGGCCCCACCUCCCACCCCUCCACAUCCAUCUGGGAGCCCCUCGUGGGGCUGGGAAGGGGGGGCCACAGCCCAUCAAGCUCCUGCCCCUCUGGGCCCGAGACUAGAGGGCCGAGGAGAAUGAAGUCUUGUCCCCAGCCGCCAGGCUCCCUCCAGCCUCACCUGUGGUGGACUUUUUAAGAGGAUUUUAACUGGUUGUGGGGAGGAAAGAGAAGGAAGGACAGGGGUUGGGGGUGAGAGGACCCCUACCCCUGCUCCCACCUCUCCCUCCAGGUCUCCGCCUCCUUUGCCCCCCAGACCCCUUGUAAAUAGAACCAGCCCGGCCUAUCUACUCCUUCCUUCCCUGGCCCCCGGGUGUAAAUAGAUUGUUAUAAUUUUUUUCUUAAAGAAAAUGUGGAUUCGCACCAUCCGACCUGCCCCCUCGCAGUUCCCUCCCUCCUGUCCUCUGGUCCUUAAGACUUCUCCCUCUUCCCACCCUUGAGGGCGGGGACUAGGGAGAACUCUGGUGUCUUAGUUUCCACAGUAAGGUUUGCCUGUGUACAGACCUCCGUUCAAUAAAUUAUUGGCAUGAAACCCUG